AUGGCAGAACCAAAUGAACAAUCAACUGAUACAACUACAACUACAACAACAACAACUACAACGAAUAACGAAUCAACAGCAUCAAUGGAUCCAACCAUCACCACAAAUGAUCUAAGGAUGAGUGAUCUUGAAAAUAAUAAUGAAUAA